GCAGAUUACUGAUUGGAUAAUUGCGAGAGACUCUUGAAGCUAGGCACAUAUAUAUAUAUAAGGCUAUAAUCAGACGGUUCACUACUUUCGUGGGUUAAUUUAAACAAUUGCCGUAAGAUAAGGAAUGUCUGGUCGUGGUAAAGGAGGAAAAGCCAAGGCUAAGGCCAAAUCAAGAUCAUCCAGAGCAGGGUUACAAUUUCCUGUUGGUCGUAUUCACAGAAUGCUUAGAAAGGGAAACUACGCUGAACGUGUCGGUGCAGGUGCUCCAGUUUACUUGGCAGCUGUUAUGGAAUACUUGGCCGCUGAAGUUCUCGAAUUGGCAGGAAACGCCGCCAGAGAUAACAAGAAAUCACGUAUCAUACCUCGCCAUCUCCAAUUGGCCAUCAGAAACGACGAAGAAUUGAAUAAGUUGUUGUCCGGUGUAACCAUUGCCCAAGGUGGUGUUCUACCCAAUAUUCAAGCUGUACUUCUCCCCAAGAAGACUGCUGCUCACCACGAUUAA